UGCGCAUGCGUUGAGGGAUCCGCGGCUGAGGAUGUGCGCAUGCGCAGAGACUUUCAGCCGUUGAGGCCUGACGAAUCGGCCGUAGGUUGCACAUGAAGCUGCCUUGAAGGCAGUCCCUGGAUUUCAUCAGGAUUCUGUUCCUGAGAACUGUCUGUAAGCUGAUCUCUCCAAGAAACAUCUUUUGGAAUUUAUUCUUAAUUUGGGUGCAGAGAAUGAUAAACCUUUGCCUCCCAAACUUUAACCCAAGGAUACAAUGCAAUAAGGUCUGUGCUGACGGCUAUGAAGUGAGCAAUUUGAUAUCUGCAGAUCCUGUGAAGAGAAAGUGUGGAUUCCGCGCUGAAUACUUCAUCAAACCUCCUCUACACGUUACUGUGUCAUUCCCGUUCAAUGUGGAGCUUUGUAGAAUUGACUUGGAAGUCUCGGUGGGCUUCCAAAACUCUUUAGGAUUGGACAUCUAUACCUGUAGAACAUGUAGUCAGACUAUGACGUGGAGUGAAAAUUCCUUACAAAACUCUCAGCCUGCUGGCCCGGCCUUUUCUGACAAUGAUGUUUUUACAUUAGUGGGGAAGGUUGUGCUGAAAAACCAAAACAAAGUAUCUUUCAGGCACAAAGCAUACAAACCCAGACCUCCUUUUAAUGAAUUUAAUGAGCCUUCUGCAGUUGACAACCAUACUUCUGUACAGGAUUUGUGGAACAAGGGACAAUUUUCAUUGACGAACGUAAAUCACCUCAGGAUCUGCAUCACUUAUGUGUCAGGGGGCAGUUUGCCUUGUUUGAGGAAAGUGGACAUCUGGGGACAACCAUCUAGAUCAUCCCCUCGUAAACUCAUUGAACAUAUCUUCAAGGUUUACCAAGAACACAAGGCUGAGCAAUCAGUUCCAGCAGUCAAUCAGCGAAAUGCUUCUACUGCACUAUCUAGCAAUACAGCAAGUGAUAGCCUACAGCCAGAUGCCCAUGGAUCUCUGCUGACUAGCGAGAGCAUUCCAGAGGAAUUUCUGGACCCCAUCACUUCUGAAAUCAUGGUCCUUCCAAUGUUGCUUCCUAGUGGUAAAGUAAUCGAUCAGAGCACAUUGGACAAAUAUAGUCGGAGUGAAGCUACAUGGGGCAGGGUGCCAAAUGAUCCCUUCACCAGUGUCCCUUUCAGCCGGCAUUCCAAGCCUGUUCCUCACUUGACUCUUAAAGCAAGGCUGGACUACUUCCUGCUGCACAGCACAAUACCAGGCUACACCGUUGUGGGGAGGAGUCGAGUUGGUUUUGUUGCCUCAUCUGCAGUGAAGAGAAAAUCAGACUCCAUACAGGAUGCAGACGUGAAUCCUGUCUCAGAACGAAUAAGUGCCUGCACUAGUUCAAACUCUACUGCUGUGUCAAAUUCUGAUGAAAAGAGAUUCAAAGCAGAAGUGAAAAAUCUGCAGAAGUCUGAGAAAGAUUUGGGGUUGGUCUCACACGAGCAGAAGUUAUCACAGAGUCUGGACAGCGCAUUGGCUUCUGUCUUAAGCACGUUCCCAUCCUUUACUGCCAAGCAAGGACAAGACAAACCACAGCCAGUGGGUGGCAGCAACGCUGACUAUCUUCAAGGUUCUCCCCGGGUUAUGGACGCACUGUACAUACGAGCGAGCAUUUGGGAGACCGGUGGGACGGAUGAAGAUGGAUUUGCUGGCUACGUGGGACUGCUGCAUCUUCUGCUGAGUGGGAAUGAGAUGCUGUUCGACCUGCUGAAUUCCUCCAGCAGAUUGUUUGUGCACCAAGGUGUUGGGCCUUGGCAGCUGAACACACAACCCCAAAUGGUGGAGUGA